CGGAGGCUGACAGCAGACAGAGACGGAGACAGAAGGACAGCUGGGACGUCCACCUGCGCUGCUUUGACGUGUUGUCUCCUCCUGGACUACUGGACGAACAGCGGCGGUUCCCGCAGAUUCAGACCCGACCAUCAGGCCUCAGUGCGGGGAUCCAGCAAAGAUGAAAUGGAUGUUUAAAGAGGAUCAUUCCCUGGAGCAUCGAUGUGUAGAGUCUGCCAAGAUCCGCAGCAAGUACACUGACAGAGUACCGGUGAUCGUGGAGAAGGUCUCCGGCUCUCAGAUCCUGGACAUUGAUAAGAGGAAGUACCUGGUUCCCUCUGACAUCACUGUGGCCCAGUUCAUGUGGAUCAUCAGGAAACGGAUCCAGCUGCCGUCAGAGAAAGCCAUCUUCCUGUUUGUGGACAAAACCGUCCCUCAGUCCAGUCUGACCAUGGGACAGCUGUACGACAAGGAGAAGGACCAGGACGGUUUCCUCUACGUGGCCUACAGCGAGGAGAACACCUUUGGUGUCCAGGUCCAGGUCUUUUAUACAACAUGUGGUUAAUACACACACACACACAGGUCCACACCAGCAGCAGCUGGUGUGGACCUGACCGCUUCACUGUAGUUCAAUCAUUUGCUAAAAAAAAUCUGCAGUGAAGUAUUGGACGGAGACGCAGUUGGACGGCUGCUCCUCUCUUUGACUCUGCAGUAAAUGUCAGAGACCACCGUCACUGGACUGACACGCCUAGAAAAGACUGUUUCUGAACAGUUCUGGACCUCAGUCUCAUGGCUCACACCAAUAUUCAGAACUCACCUGUACCCAGCGGUACUGUAGUAUAACUGUAGUGACUACACUUGUACUACAGUCAUACUACAGUCAUACUGUUCAUGGGUGAUUGGAAAAAAAGUCACUCAGUUACCGUUAAAGUUCACAUCUGACGUGAACUGAUGACAAUAUGUCUCCGUGUGGACGCAGCAGUGACAUCACAUGACAUCACACACGUCCUGUGGUGUUGCCUGAAGACACACAAUUAUUCUACACACACUCACCAUCGUUGAGUUUGAAUCUGAAGUACUGUAGUAGUAUCUGUAGUAGAACCUGCUCCUACUUGCAGUACUUUUCAUUGUCAUCGACAUUGUCACCAGUUUUAGUACGAAAGUGUCAUUCAUGACUGGAACGCCACGAUCUUUAACGACUUCUUUUAUUCCAUCCAUGUUG